AUGGCUCCGGUUGCCAAGUACACUGAGGCCCACCCGGCGAACCAGCUCACGGUGGGGCUGCCCGAGUUGGUGGCGGCGCUCAUAAGAGCCCACCCCAUCACCCUACCCAACCACGGCCUGCUCCAGACGGACGAACUUGUGAAGUUACGGGUGCUGGAGCCCUACAUGUACGUGGUGUCGUGGCUCUACCAGUGUCGUGGUUUCGUCAAGUUGGCCGACGAGUACUUUGACGUCGAUAUCUUCGAGUUGGAAUUGCUUAACCACUUCCCCCUGACCCUGUUUUUGAUGGUUACCGAUGACUACGACGCGUCGCUGCUGAAUAACUUGUUUAUCACCAAAUUGAAAGUGGCACUCAUGCUGCUGCUCCAAAACCAGAAACUCUCGCUGAUCGCCAACUUUGAGCGUAUCUAUAGAGUAUGGUUUGGUGUAAACACUCCGUUAAAAGGUACGGAAGCUGAAGAUGACGACGGCAAUGUGGUCCCCAUCGACGACCCGCAAAAUGAAGUGCGCUUCGACGAAUUGCUGAUCACCGACAAAUUCCAGGUGCUUUAUACGUUAAUCACUACCAUUAGCGACAACUACAACUUCCGACGGUGGGUGGAGCUGCUGAACUUGCUGCUGGAACAGCUCCGCCCCGAAACGGUGCUCACCGAGGUCGACGGGAUUACGUCAACCAGCCUCCAAUUAUUUUAUGACGACACUUAUAUUUAUGAGCGGACGGUGGAAUACCCCAAGCUCAACGAACCCAAGAAGCGACAACACGCCCCCAGGUUCCCCGAUCUCCAUUACCGGGCCGACCAGUUUGAUGUGGCUCCCCCUAAAUACAAAUUGGUGGUGGCCAAUGUCUACGAACUCGAGUUGAUGAUUAAACAGUUACGUCAGCGAGACUCGCACGACAGCGAGCGAGUCGCCGAUUUAUUGGAGCUGGCGGAAUUUGUCGAUAACGUGCUUGAAUGUGAGAUCCAAAAGCGCAAGUUUAUCGCGCAAAAGAAGAAGGAGUUGGAGCUUGCGGGGAUGAUUGCCCUGAGAAAACGGCUGCUGCGGCUCGAAGCUAAGCAGAAACGGGAAGCCGAGGAGGCGCGGUUAAAACAAAUGGAACAAGCCGAGCUCCGGUUGGGAGCCCAGCAGCGGAUCGAGCGCCGCCGACAGCAACGGGCUAAGCAACUAUAUCAAGAACAGUUCGCCCGCGACGCUCGCACCCGGUCCUCUCGCCACCACCAGCUGCCCAUGAACGAACCCAUCAAAGACACCACCCUGCACCUCGAGGUGUCGCCGCUGCCGGUGCCCGAACAGCCCCACUUGCGCGACAAGCUUGGAGCCGCCACCGGCUCUGCCCCCGCCCCCGCCGGCG